AUGGGCGUUUCGCCCGGCCAGAGGCACUUCCCGGGCAGCUGCGGGGAACGUUUCCCCAACAUCUCAGCCUGUUGGAACGCGGGAUUGGUGGAUGAGGGGUAUGUGAAGCCGCCCACUCCGAUAAACUGCCCGAAAAUAAAUAACGUGAACGACUUGAAACCAGAGGGAAGGGAUACCAGUUGCAGCCAUUACACGGACUUUCAUUGGCACGACCAGGCAGCUUAUCAGGUGUUUCGCCUGAGUGAUGUGUACGUGAACGACGAUGGGAAUGUGUUCAAUGCGACCACUCUCUUCAACAAGGGUGACUGCAACGGGCACCUCAAUUUCUCCGUCAAGGCAGGGAAGACCCAAGUGCACCACGUGGACAAAGCAGUAUCCCUUGUCUACCGUCAGGCAGAUGCGUUUUACCAUGGCUUCAUAGAGUGGCAACCAGCCUUCUACAUUCUCCACUCGGUGCUUGCCGCUCAUCCCGACAUUCCCCUGCUAGCUCGGCCCUCCCAGUGGCGUUUCUAUCAUCGCACCAUUCAGCACGUGGUCGGAGUCAGCACCAGCUCUUUCCGCCGGCUAGCCAUUCCCGAGGGAGCCCUUUUCCACGUGAAGGAGCUUUACCUGCCGCUCUACCAGAGCUGUGGAAAUCCCUCUCCUGCCAUCUGGCACACCCUUCGUUAUAAUCACAUCCUCCUGCCCGAAGGGUUGCCAUACUUUCAUGAGGACAGGUGGCAGCUCAGGAAUGUGCCACGUGGCGAUGGUCCGGGGAAUUUUCCGGGCAGUUCGGAUGAUGGGUUGGGGAAUGCAAGUGUGGGAUUUCGAGACCGAGGGUAUUGGUCGAAGGUUUUUCCGCUGCCCAGAGAUUGGAUUGUGGUGGUGGUUCAGCGGCUUGGGGCCAAGGGCAGGACGAUGAAGCAGUUCGGGCAGCUGUUGGGGGCAGUUCAGAAACUUUUUGGGAUGGGCAGGGUCCACAUUUUCAACGGCACGCAGAGUGUUUAUGAAA